GUGCUGGAGAUCCUGAGGUACUACCCAGACCCCCAGACGUAUGUACUGCUCCAGCUGGACUCGGGCCAGUACUGGGACUUGUACGAUGUCGUGGUGGCCAGUGACAGGCAUAAGUACAAGUUUGUUCUCACUGCGGAUGAGAAAGUCAGGAAACCAAUCCUUUCUGGCUGUCAUUUGGUCAUUAAAAAGCACAGAGAAGUUUUUGAUGAGCUCAGGAAAGAAACCAUUGUCGUGCUAGAGGAGGUGGAAGUUGUGCCAGCCUCACCUGUUUCUACCCACGACUAUCAAAAUCUCCCAUGGCAUUCACGUCUUUGUCGUCGUCACACGCAGAAUGUUCCGAUUGCCUCGUGCCGAUUGUACUUUGUGGACUUGUGGACCUAUAACAUACAGACGCCACAAGGAUUUCCCCUGGUGCGACAUAAAGAUUUGUGUGACCUUGACCUAGCUGAAGUGUUCUCUCUCAGAGAAGUCCUGACCAGAGACUUGCCCCAGACGGUCAGGCCCACUGUACUGGUCAAGGUGAUGAGGAAGUCUCGUCUCAUUCAUUAUGUCAGCCCGGACAAAAGAGAUGAGUGGCCCGUACAGCUUCCCCUCCUGGUGGCCGACAGAUCGGGCUGGUGUUCUGUGGUCAUCUGGGGCCGCACAGCCGUACAACUGCACCUCAGCCUUCAUGAGGGAUGUGUGCUGAGCCUGAGGAGAUUCCGCAUCAAAGACAGCUUCCAGCAGGGAAUGGACCGCUUCCCCAAACCCCCGAGGGAUGCGAAACUAUUUCCUUUGGAGCUGAGCUUGGACCUGGACCGCUGGAGCUCUAUCACUGACGUGACCAUCAUUGACCGUGAGCUGGACACUGACCACUCGAGUGACCUUCGCCUUCCUCUGCUGGAAAGUCGUCUGUUGAGAAGAGUGGACUUAAUGUCAGUACCAGACAACAGUGUAGUGGACGUGGCAGGCCGCAUCAUGUUUGUCGGGAGGAUCGAGAGAGACCCGAAGAAAGUGUCAGGAGGAAACAAGGACAGCGGAGGGUUCUUCUAUCGGCGCUGGUUGCUACUGGAGGACUCCUCCUCACCACUACCUAUGCCUACUUUGGUCUAUGCGGGGGAACAGAUAGAUCUGUUCAUGAGCUUGAGACCCGGCCAGUGCAUUCUGUGUCGUCACAUGCUGACCUGUCAGAAGUUAUCUUCACUGACAGGCUCUCGACAGAAGAGGCAUGGGUGGCUCUCCACCACCACAAACUCGUGGAUUUACAGAUUCGAACCCAGUGAUCUCAGUAACCUCCCCAAGCCAUUCAAUACUGAAGCACGUGGCCUGUUCCCGCCCGUCACUCACAAGGCCGGGGGAAAGAGGUGGCAGCAGGAUGGGGGGUUCUUCCUCUACCCUCCAUUCCCUCAGUCUGUGCGCGAUGUGCUCAGGACAAUGUCGUCAAAGUUGGUUCCCAGCAUACUCUGGGGAAAAACGUUUGGAGAGAUGACGUGGGGGGAAUGCCGCCAGAUGGCACUGAUGGUCAAGCUUGUCUCAGUGGACUUUGUGUGCACACAUGCUGCCAGGCCUCUCCACAUGGGACUCCGUAGUCAGGACAAAACAGCGGCCGGCCAUGAUGUCUCACAGCACACAGCUCUCUCUGCUAGCUCAACUGGCAGCCACAGUGGCCAGAACGUCACAUCAGCUGGCAGCAGCAGCAGCAGCUGCAGCAGCAGCAGCAGCAGUAGUAGCCACCAGGCCACAGCUUCAGCCGGCCCAAGCCGUCCAGAGAAACAGGAGGAGGAAUUUGGUACCCUGGACCUGCAGUGUAUCUCUCAGCUGUGGCCGGUGGCUUCCUCCCGUACUCAGUCCAGGAUGUGUAAUGCUGUGAAUGUCCGCUGGCAAGGCGUGCCUGGCAACAACUUCAGCAUCAUCAACAACAACAACGUGGUCCACCUCAACACCGUCAAGCCAUGUGCCUUUGUCGCAGAUGCCAGUUUGGACACCUUCUCUGAUCUUCUGCUCGGGAAUUACGACUCGGAACUGGGCCUGGCUGACUGUGCCGUCCGGCGUCUUUCCAGGGGUCAGGUGGAUGCGUUGCGGUCAAGUGCCACACAUCUGCUGGGCAGGGAUUUCCUCCUUCUGGUGGACGUGUUCACGACAGAGGAUAGGAGGCAGCUGGUGGUGCUGGGCAAGGCUUUUCCUCAACGCUCUUCUCCUUCGUAA